GUAUAUCUUGAGUCUACUGAACUAGAUUACGCCUUACUCGAACCCAGCAGCGAGCACGACAUGACCCCUGCAAUCACUACCCUCCCAGUGAUUUCAUCUAGAACAGUGGGCGUAAUACCUCCCGGGGAGACUCGCAUAUUCACCGUUACAGGAUCAAACGGACUAUUGUACGGAAUUUUGUCUGGGAGGUCUUCAUAGUCAACAUCAGUGGGCCGCUUAUGCCAGGUGACUCCGGCUCUGUAGUUCUGAACUCAGACACAAGACAGGUGUAUGGUCAUAUUGUUGUUGGCAGCACCGUCUCCAGGACUGCCUAUAUCAUACCAGCCAGCAAUAUCUUGAAUGACUUGACACGUCGCGAAGAGAUUAUCACACGCAACGUGGUCGAACUUGCAACGUCUACGCCGCAAACAGAAGAUAGCAAAGAAGAGGCAACCCCCAAUACGAGCGAGUUGCAGUUGCCGCCAGAUUCUAUAGAUCUACCACCUGCGAGUUCGUACGUUAGCCAGGGCUUGGGAUAUCCAGAUGACACUUCACUUUGCACUUAUGAUCCCAGUUUGUGUAGCGAAGUGGAAAGUCUCUUCUUCUCCGACGACGAUUCUAUCGCUUCUUCCAACUCUUCUGUUGGCGGAUUUUUUUCAAGCGCUAUUUCGGAAAUUGUAGACCUAUUCCUCCAUAGUGAACUGCAAGAGCUGUAUCCUGCAGCUAUCUCUAAGCUAGGGCCUGAAAAGUUCCAAAGAAACUUCAGACGAUUGCUGCUUCGCUAUGGGCGCCAGCUCCUGCAGGAAGCUUCGUAUAACUUGGAGCGUGAAGUUGCUGUACUUGUUCGUCGAUCAGCGACACAGAUAACUGUCCAGAUCAGAGAAUCUAUUGCUCAAAAUGAGAACACACUUAAAGGUUCUUCAAAUGUCGCUGGACUGAAUGAGUGGUUGAAGACGGUCAAGAGCCUGGAAGACGAGAAGGAUGACGAUGACUUGUCUGGCAGCAGCGGGUCAGAGGACUGGGAGCCUGACAAUGCAUCACUCAGCACAUUUGAAGGAGUAAAAAGUUUCAUGGUAACUGGGAGAGCCUUUUCUGACUUGUGCGAAACAUUUCAGAUGUGGCUCAAAGUAGGAGAGGAUCGAAAGGAGAUUGCGCCAAACAUUACUUCCGAGAAUACCCAUGACGACCCGCCACCAACACCAUCUCAAGCACCACAAGCUCCUCCAAAGGACUCUGAUGACAGAUUUAUCUGUACGUACCCUGCAUGCGAUAAGAAUUUAACAUUCAAGCGGUUUUCAGACUGGCAAACCCACAUGGACCAACACACUCGACCAUACCAAUGUAAAGUUCCAGGUUGCAAACGCAACGCCGGCUUCGCAACAAAAGGUGUGCUCAAUAGACAUAUUCGCAUCGUUCAUGGAGGGGUAGUGUCCGCUUCUUCGUCAGUCCUCCCUGACGGAUCGCAAGCCAGGGACAUUGCUUCAAAUGUUUCAGAAAACAUUGAAGCCUCGGAUUAUAUAGCAGGCCACGGAACUUCCGAUGUGCCCUCAGCUCUAAUGAACUACGAGACAAAAACGCUACAGACUUACAACAAACCUAAGCACACGCCACCUGUAAGCGAUGAUGAAGACAAUGCUAUUGAUCAGCCGGAGCGACCAGAUAAAGGGAAACAGCCGAGGGAUGUCAGCAAAUCAAUGUUCUCUAAGGCCGUCCAUUUUGAUACAACUCUUGAGCAGGUUCGUCACUUACUGCAGAUCGAUCGACCUUUAGCUGUCGAGGAGGCUGGUUCAUCACCUUUCGAAGGCUUUGAGAGCGACGGCGAUUUCCCAUUUCCUGACCCAUUUCCUGACGAUGAGUUUCUGUGGGAAAUCGUUGUCUCUAAUUUCCCUGACGAGACACCUGAAAGGCUGCAGCUUCCGGUAAGGGUUCAAAGGGUGGGCAGGGGCUCGGAUGCGAAAAAUUUGGUAGGUAGCGUCGUGGUAGCUAAUCUAGGAUACGAUAAACAUGUCGUAGCUCGCUUUACACUGGAUUACUGGAAGACCACUUCAGAGGUCGUAGCGGAGUAUAACACAGAUGUUCGAUUGUCAAAAUACAACGAGCACGACAGAUUCAAGUUCAAGAUCAAAGUAGCAGACCAGUACAAUCUCGAAGCCAAGACAAUGUUUUUCUGUGUUAAAUACAAUGUCAACGGCCAAGAGUAUUGGGACAACAAUAACGGGAACAAUUUCCAAGUUGACUUCAGAAAGAAGAGAAAGCCACAGAGCAAGGAACCCCAAGACUCCAAGUCCGAAUGCGGGGGUCUAUCUCCCAAGGUCGAGAAAAGUCGAGUCUUCUGCAAGUCUGGCAUCGGAUGGCGUUCCAGAAAAGCCAGCAACUGAAAAUUUCUUCGGGGAUCGUUACGAUUUCGGAACUUCUUUGAGUGCUGCAAUUCAAGCUGCAAAUGAUGCAUUGGGAGAGAAAAAGGGUCUAUCACCAAAACCCAUCAAAUCUACCCCUAGCUCAAGCAGUGAGGAUUCGAGCUUGUUGUGCUCAGCGUCAGAGCC